UUGGAGAGUGUGCACGGUCUCACGGUGACAUCGAACGUUGGCUUGGCCGUCGACAGCAACACUGGCAAUGUGGCUUACUACGCCGGUUGUGUGGUUGUGAUAUACAAUCCGAAGAAGAACAAGCAAAUACAGCAUUUGAUAAACGUCUGCAAAAAAUCACUAACAUGCCUGGCCUACUCCAAAGACGGCAAGUACCUAGUUACUGGAGAGAGCGGCCACCAGCCGGCUGUGAGGGUGUGGGACCUGGAAGAAGGGGUGCAGGCAGCCGAGUUUAUCGGCCACAAGUUCGGGGUGGGAUGUGUGGCUUUCUCACCCAACCUGAAGUACGUGGUGUCAGUUGGCUACCACCAUGACAUGGUGGUGAAUGUCUGGAACUGGAGGACCAACAUCAAGGUGGCAAGUAACAAAGUCGCCUCUAAGGUGACCGACGUGGCAUUUUCGGAAGAUGGGAGUAUGUUUGUUACGGUUGGAAGUAGGCACGUGAAGUUUUGGUACCUGGACGCCAGUAAAUCUAAGAUCAAGACUGAAACCCUACCACUUCUAGGUAGGAACGGAAUAUUAGGCGAGCACCAGAACAAUCUAUUCUCAGCUGUUUGCUGUGGCGUGGGAGUGCAGUCUGCCAACGUGUACUCCAUCACAGAUAGCGGAAAACUUUGCGAGUUUAACGAUAAGAGGGUCCUUACGAAAUGGGUUUCCCUCAGAGUAAGUUAUUUAGCAAACGCCAUUUCCUCUGACGAGCGAUUCAUCUUCAUUGGUUGUUCGAACGGCAUCAUACGCAUCUUCAGCGCUACCACACUCAACUACAUCGCCACUCUGCCGCUGCCACACCUGCUUGGAGUGGAUGUGGCUCUGCAUCAUGAUAUCAAUGCUGGUGAGGGCGAUUCAGCCAGGCAACAGCAGCGUCACCCUGAUGUCAUAGCAGUUCGCUUCGACGACAGCAACAAACGCCUCACCUGCCUCUACAAUGACCACAGCUUCUACGUUUGGGAUGUCAGUGACCUCAAAAAGGUCGCCAAAAUUAGGUCAUUUCUCUUUCACAGUGGUCCGGUUUGGGGCCUGGAGGUAUUUCCGGAAAAAAAAACUCCACAUACAUCUUCCUCCACGUCGUCCUCAUCGGUGACGUCAUUAUUUCCCUCGUCGCUAUUGGCUAACUGCUUCAUCACGUGCGGGAAUGACGACACGGUCAGAUUGUGGACAUCUUCGUCGUCAUCAUCAUCUUCGUCAUCGUCAUCAUCAUCAGUUCUGGAGGUCACGCCAAUGAAGAAGAAUGUAUACAGCAAUGAAUUAGUGAAGAUACUGUACACUAGCAAAGAGCUGAGCGGUCUGCUGGAGGUAGAAUUCAAUCCAGCGGGGAAAACUGACAAAACGGACUUAACCUACCAAGAUAGGAAUGGUAUAAGGUGCGUUCGUGUGAGAGCUGAUGCCCAACAACUGGCCUGUGGAGAUCGAGUCGGAAAUAUCAGGGUAUUCGACUUAGCGACAAUGACACAAGUGAACGUGAUGGAGGCACAUGACUCGGAAAUUCUCUGCCUGGAGUAUACCGGUCUGGACACUGGUCUGAACCUGCUAGCCUCUGGUGGCCGGGAUCGCCUGAUCCACAUCUUCGACGCCAACCACAACUACAGCCUGAUACAGACGCUCGACGAACAUUCGUCUUCCGUCACCUCCAUCAAAUUCGUCGUCAGCGAGUUACAACUUUGCCUCAUCAGUUGCUCUGUUGAUAAGAGUAUUCUCUUUAGAACGGCUCAAAUGGAUCCAAAUUUCCACUUCACCUUGACCCGCCACCUCGUGAGCAGAACCACUUUGUAUGACAUGCAAGUCGACAAUACAUCCAAAUUUGUGGCUACCGCUUGUCAAGAUAGAAAUAUUCGGGUAUACAACAUACGGACUGGGAAGCAGAAGAAAACGUACAAUGGAUCGGUUGGGACCGACGGAACGUUAGUGAAGAUGCAACUGGACCCCUCUUCCUCUUUUGUCGCUACGACGUCUAGCGACAAAAAUCUUUCUAUUUAUGAUUUUUUUUCUGGGGAAUGCGUCGGUCAUGUUUCAGGGCAUUCGGAGGUGGCUACCGCUGUCAAGUUCCUGAAUGACAACAGACAUCUUGUAUCUGUUGGAGCUGAUAGUUGCAUAUUCAUCUGGAAGCUCAAUAGCCACAUGACGGAGCAGAUUAAGAAGAAACUCAUUGAAGAUAACCAGCUCCUCAUCCAAGAAAGCAAUCAACAUCUCAGGUUAUGA